AAGAGUCAGGUUUCUCAGUGUCAUCUACCAGAGACAGACCCUUGAACCAGAAGAUAGGGUCUUAUUCAUCUAAAAAAUAAUAAUAAUCCCUCUUUUUCACUGAACACCGACAAACCGACUGAUUUCCGAUUGUUCCGAUUAUUGGUGUUAGUAUCUGAAGAGCUGAAAUGUCGAAUAUCACCUACCACAUUUCCAACCUGUUGGAAAAAAUGACAUCCACUGACAAAGACUUUCGGUUUAUGGCCACCAAUGAUCUAAUGAUGGAGCUGCAAAAAGAUUCCAUAAAACUGGAUGAGGACAGCGAGAGGAAAGUGGUGACCAUGCUCCUGAAGCUCCUAGAGGACAAAAACGGGGAAGUUCAGAACCUGGCCGUCAAAUGUCUUGGUCCUCUUGUGGGCAAAGUGAAGGAAUAUCAAGUGGAGACGAUGGUGGACACAUUAUGCUCCAACAUGGUGUCUGACAAAGAGCAGCUACGUGACAUCUCCAGCAUGGGGCUAAAGACGGUUAUCGCAGAGCUGCCCCCACCAACUGCAGGUUUGUGUCUGACAGCUAACGUCUGUAAAAAGAUCACAGCUCAGCUGAUUGGUGCCAUGGGAAAACAAGACGAUGUGUCUGUACAACUAGAAGCCCUGGACAUCCUUUCUGAUAUGCUAGGAAGGCUAAGCAGCACCUUAGUCGGUUUCCACCAGUCAAUCCUGAGCAGUCUUCUUCCACAACUGACUAACCCUCGCAUGGCGGUGAGGAAACGUGCCAUUAUGGCGCUUGGGCACCUGGUGCCCAGUAGUAGCCCUGCGAUCUUCAUGCAGCUCACUGAGCAUCUCAUGAGUGAAUUGGCACGAGGAGCACCUGCUGCAAACACACGUACCUACAUCCAGUGCCUUACCGCCAUCAGCCAGCAUGGAGGGCACAGAGUUGGGGAGCAUCUGGAGAAGAUUAUUCCAAUGGUGGUAAAGUUUUGCAAUGUGGAAGAUGACGAACUGAGGGAGAACUGCUUCCAGGCAUUUGAAGCCUUUGUUCGCAAAUGCCCCAAGGAAAUGUCUCCUCACAUUCCUAUGGUAAUUAGCUUGUGCCUGAAGUAUGUCACCUAUGACCCAAACUAUAACUACGACGCAGAAGAUGAUCAGGAGGACUCCAUGGAUAUUGAGGAUAGAGGGGAUGAAGACGAGGAGUCUGAUGAUGAAUACAGUGAUGAUGAUGAUAUGAGCUGGAAGGUAAGACGCUCAUCAGCGAAGUGUCUGGAGGCGGUUAUCAGCAACCGUAGAGACCUGCUGGUGGAACUUUAUGUGAAUGUGUGCCCUGUUCUGGUGUCACGUUUCAAAGAACGAGAGGAGAAUGUCAAAUCAGACAUUUUCUUGGCCUUUGUGGCUUUGCUGCGGCAGACUAAACCCCCUCAUAGCUCUGUUUUAGAUCCUGGAACCAAGGAAGACCCUGCAGUUACCCUUUUGAAGAAACAGGUUCCCACAAUAAUAAAGGCCUUACACAAACAACUGAAGGAGAAAAGCAUGAAAUCCAGACAAGGCUGUUUCAGUAUACUAACAGAGAUAGCCAUUGUGCUUCCUGGGUCAUUAGGAGAGCACAUUCCUGCCCUUAUUCCAGGCAUUGUGUACUCUCUCACAGACAAGUGUGCCUCCUCCAACAUGAAGAUUGAUGCACUCUCCUUUCUCCAUGUUCUGCUGUCUAGCCACACCCCAGAGGUCUUUCACCCACACAUCAAAGUCAUCCUGCCACCAGUAAUUCACUGUGUUGAAGACCCUUUCUACAAAAUCACAUCUGAAGCCCUUCAAGUGACUCAGCAAAUGGUCAAGAUGAUGCGCCCCUUAGAUAAACCUUCUUCUUUUGAUGCAAAGCCUUAUGUUAAAGAUAUCUUCAGCUGUACCUUACAGAGGUUAAAAGCAACAGACAUCGACCAGGAGGUGAAGGAGAGGGCCAUUUCCUGCAUGGCCCACAUUGUCAGCCACUUGGGAGACCAGUUAGGAGGAGACCUGCAGCCCACCCUACAGAUCUUUUUGGAAAGAUUAAAGAAUGAAAUCACCAGGCUCACAGCAGUAAAGGCUUUAUCCAUCAUUGCCACAUCUCCACUUAAGAUUGACAUAAGACCUAUCUUGACAGAAGGUAUUCCAAUUCUUGGAUCGUUUUUACGAAAGAACCAACGUGCCCUUAAGCUAAACACACUAACAGCCCUGAAUAUCAUUGUCACAAACUACAGUGACAGUUUCAAGCCAGCUUUGAUAGAGUCUGUGUUGAAUGAAUUACCUGCUUUGAUUCAGGAGAGUGAUAUGCAUGUUUCCCAAGUGGCUAUCAUGCUUGUCACAUGUAUGGCUAAAUUUUGUCCAAGUUCUUUAGCCAAGAUAGGAGGCACUAUCUUGCCUGAAGUAUAUCACUUGGUCCAUUCUCCACUGCUUCAAGGAGGUGCUCUUGGUUCCAUCAUUGAGUUCUUCCAAGUCCUGGUCUUGACCAAGGCCAGCAAUACGGGGUACAAUGAUCUCAUAAAAGCUUUGACUGGUCCUUUCUAUAAGGCUAAAUCAGCUGACUCCAUGCCAGUCCAUAGACAGUCCUAUUACUCAGUUGCAAAAUGUGUGGCAGCACUGUCUUCUGUAUGUCCCAAAGAAGCUUCUGGAACAAUUACCAAUCUCACCCUAGAAGUGAAGAACCAGAAGACUGCAGAGUCUGUGAGGAUCCUGUCAUUUCUUUGUCUUGGGGAAGUCGGGCGUUCCAUGAAGCUGGGUACUCACAAGGAGUUGAAGACCGUCAUCAUGGAUGCUUUCAGUUCCCCAAAUGAAGAGGUGAAAUCUGCAGCAUCAUGUGCACUAGGCAAUAUCUGUGUGGGGAAUCUAGAUGAGUACCUACCAUUCCUAUUGAAAGAAAUUGGUAGUCAGCCCAAGAGACAGUACCUACUUCUUCAUUCACUAAAAGAAGUGAUCAGUGCUUUAUCAGUUGAGAGUCUCAAGCCUCAUGUGGAGAGCAUUUGGUCUCUGCUCUUCAAGAAUUGUGAGUGUCCAGAAGAAGGUACUCGUAAUGUUGUGGCAGAAUGUCUAGGCAAACUCACACUGGUCAACCCAUCUGAGCUUCUGCCCAGGCUUAAGAAGCAGUUAUCCACAGGUUCCUCUCUUGCCCGUAGUACUGUUGUGACAGCUGUGAAAUUCACUAUUGUAGAUCAACCUGUGCCCAUAGACUCACUUCUUAAAGAAAGCAUAGGUGAUUUCUUAAAAACCAUCCAGGAUACAGACCUUAAUGUACGACGUGUUGCUUUGGUGAUGUUUAAUUCAGCUGCUCACAACAAGCCUGGCCUGAUACGCGGUCUUCUAACCACAGUUCUUCCAAACCUCUACAAGGAAACCCAAAUUAGGAAGGAGCUCAUUCGAGAGGUAGAGAUGGGUCCCUUUAAGCAUACAGUGGAUGAUGGGCUAGAUGUGCGUAAAGCAGCCUUUGAAUGCAUGUAUACUCUACUGGACAAUUGCCUGGAUUGUCUGGACAUCUUUGAGUUCCUCAACCAUGUAGAGGAAGGCCUAAAAGACCACUAUGACAUUAGAAUGUUAACCUUCAUCAUGUUGGCUAGACUUGCCUCUUUGUGUCAGUCUGCUGUUGUCCAAAGGUUGGACCGUCUAGUGGAGCCCCUUAGAGCCACAUGUACUACAAAGGUGAAGGCUGGCUCUGUUAAGCAGGAGUUUGAGAAACAGGAGGAGCUGAGGCGCUCAGCAAUGCGUGCAGUGGCGGCUCUUCUGUCCAUCAGAGACGUGGAGAAAAGCCCAGCAAUGGCUGACUUUGCCACACAGAUCAGAACCAAUGCAGAGAUGGCUACCAUUUUUGAAAGUGUUCAGGGAGACCCCAUAUCAGGGGCUGUGGAUUCAAUGGACACUAGUUAGGUCUUCCAGCUAUGAGUUUGCACUGUUGUGUGUAUGAAAUUAUUUUUAAUAGAAAUGAGUGGUCUUCUGUG